UAACUUUGUUUGACCCAAAGCUCUCUCUCAUCUCUCAUCUCUCUUUCGCUCUCUCGCGGCAGAACAGCGCCGCUUCUCUUUCUCUCUUCUUCCUCACUUCUCCGGCGAUCAAUCCACCGCCGUCCGCCGCCUGUUUCUCCCACCCUCCUCUUCUCCUCUUCAAACUGUUAACAGAAAAAUACUUUAACCCCAAGAUCAAAAUUCCCGAAAUCUAUUCUCCCUUCCCCGGCGAAAGCUUCGCCGCCUUCCAGCUCACGGUAGUCCCGCCGCUGCCUGUCCAAGUCAGCCUUCGCCGUGGCCUUCUUGUAUGCGCCUCUGCCGUCUCCAGCAGCAGCAACGCUGCCAUCGUCGUCGAAGGCUCCCCCAUUCUUCAACCCCCAUUUUGGAUUUCCUCCUCUUCUCGGCCACACAACACCGGCAAGGGUUUUCCUAUAGGAUGCAGGGCCGGUGCUUGUGAGUUUUUCAAUCGCAUUUGAUGAAUCUCCAUGAACAAGGUAAUAUGUUUACAGAUACGACAUUUGGAGAAGAUAUAUGUGGUAUCAAGGACGAGCCAUUCAUGAUUGAUUUUGAUCUGGACAUUGGAAAAUUGUCUGUUUCUCCACGGCCUUAUCAGUCCUCUUCUGUGGCAGCUUUGAGCAUGGUAGAAUCAGAAGUUUUAGGUUCUGAUCUUCUUUCAGCUUUUGAUUCUAUCUGUGUUCAUGAGUCUCUCGAGCAAAAGGACUGUGUAGCACCGGACAUCAAUGCCAAUUCUUUUGAUUCAGUUGGCCAAGCUUACCUGUCUACACAAUGCCCAGCCGAUGGAAAUGAUACUAAAGACCUUGGUUCUUCUGACUUAGCUGUUGUUGCUGAGCCAUCUGUACAAGGGGAUGGUGAAGCUAAUAAGGCUUUGGUUGGUGGUAUUGACAAAACAUGCACACAGAGUCAUUCCUUAAUUGUAUAUACAUCUUCUCAUAGGAGGAGUGCACGCAAUACUAAAUCAAGUCAGAUGAACGAGUCCCCAAAUUCAUCAAAAUGUAGAAUGCUAGUCAACAAAAGCCCAGAAUUUGAUCCAAGUUCCUUGCCAAUAAUAAGAAGAAGUAGAAGUUUAUCUGCCAACCGGGCUCGAUCUUCUGUUUGGGGAGAUCUAGGGAACAUCUUACCAGAUAUUGAUCAAAGCAGUGUGGUUGAAAAAUGUUUAGGUAAUGAGAGAAAACCAAGACGUCAGAAAGGUGGGAAAGGAAAAAUGAAGGGUAUCAGAGAUCAGAUAGGUAAAAAAUCAAUAGGGAAAAGGUUGGUUCCCACUGGUCAUAUUUCAUUGAAGGUUAAGAUUGGAAAUAAAUUAUGUACCCUUGGUAAUAUAACUAAAAAUUUUAGUGCAUCAGGAAAAGAUAUUUCUGGAUUAAUUGAUACAAAGGAAAACAAGUUGGGAAAGGAAGUCCCAAGAGACAUUUCAGCGCCAUGGGAAAGGAAUUUGGAGAAGGUGAUGUCAUCUGAUGGUUCUGCUUUAAGCACACAUCUUAAGGUCAAGGGCACUUUGUAUAACCAAUCCUUUGAAACUUCAAGUAACUUCCAUGAGAUUAGAAGCCUGGAGGAGGGUGGUAACUCUAGAACUUUGACCGAAAUCCAGUGUUCUGAUGUUGGAACCUCGCCUGAUUCAGAAGUUAUAAAUUCUAUUCCUGAUGUUUCACUUUGUGAAAAAGGUUUACCUGUUCUACAAGAUGGUCCAAUUUUGUCUAAGGCAUGUGUCUCUCCAAUGGACAUCUCCAAUUUGAUUUUAUCAGCUAAGCAUUCCAAAAAAGGAAAGAAGAAGGUCAAGCACCAUCAGGUAGACAAUUGUGUGUUGGGAAGCAAACUAAGUAGUGUGGGUACCAGAAAUAAUGCUACAGAUCCUGCUUCUGUGAAAGAUGUUUCUAGUUCGAGUCCAUCACGAGCUAAAUCUAAGAAAGGAAGGAAGAAAGAUAAGUUCUGUGAGGGAGACAAUUCUGAGGUGGAAACUAAUCUGACAACUAUAGAAACCUCAAAUAAGGUGAAUGAACUUGCAGAUCUUGGAGUGGGUGAUAUCUAUUGUGAUGAUUAUAUGAGAACUGCAAAACCAUAUAUAAAUGGUGAGGACAUGAAGCCUUGUUCAGGGCAUUUUGUGAGAAGUAUGGUCUCAAACUCACCAGUCCUCGACACGUUGAUACCUUGCAGCAAUGGUAUAAAAUUUCCCAAAUGUUCUAGUGCUAAGGGAAUGAGCAAGGGCAGGUCUAGAAAUUUUCCCAAUGAGAAAGAAGCAGCCUCUAAAAAGAAGGGAAAUAAAAACAGUUUAGAUGGAAAUGAAACACCAUUUGAUCUUGGAGGAACUGAAGCAUUUAGCAGUGGUGUAACUGAACCAAUUAACAGAAUGCAAUUUAUAAUCGACGGGGUGAGAGAGCAACACGAAUCACCUAGGAACGCAUGGGUGCUUUGUGAUGAGUGCCAAAAGUGGCGGCGGAUACAAGCGGCACUUGCUGAUCAAAUUGAAGAAACGAACUGUGGAUGGACUUGCAAAGAUAACACUGAUAAAGACUUUGCUGACUGCUCAAUUCCUCAAGAGAAGUCAGAUUCAGACAUUAAUGAAGAACUGGAAAUAUCUGAUGGUUCUUGUGAGGAAGAUGCUCGCGGAACUUUUUUUAAGCUUAAUCCAGACCGAUCAAAGGUUGCUCAGCAGUCAUCGUGGACACUUAUUAAGUCGAACUUGUUUCUGCAUCGAAGCCGCAAAACUCAAACCAUUGAUGAGGUAAUGGUUUGCCAUUGUAAACCGCCAUCAGAUGGAAGAAUGGGUUGUAGAGCUAAAUGUUUGAACCGGAUUCUUAACAUUGAGUGUGUUCAGGGAACUUGUCCAUGCGGUGAGCUUUGUUCAAAUCAACAGUUUCAAAGGCGCAAAUAUUCUAAACUGAAGUGGUUCAGGUGUGGAAAGAAAGGCUAUGGUCUUCAGGCGCUUGAAGACAUGCCUCAAGGACAGUUCCUUAUAGAAUAUGUUGGAGAGGUACUUGAUGUGCAUGCAUAUGAAGCAAGACAAAGAGAAUAUGGCAUGAAUGGUCAUAGACAUUUCUAUUUCAUGACAUUGAAUGGGAGUGAGGUGAUUGAUGCAUGUUCCAAAGGGAAUCUGGGUCGGUUUAUAAAUCACAGCUGUGACCCUAACUGUCGCACAGAAAAGUGGAUGGUGAAUGGGGAAGUUUGCAUUGGACUAUUUGCUUUGAGAGAUAUAAAGAAGGGGGAAGAGGUUACAUUUGAUUACAACUUUGUACGUGUUUUUGGGGCUGCCGCCAAAAAAUGUGAAUGUGGUUCAGCUAAUUGUCGGGGCUAUAUUGGUGGUGAUCUAACAAACUCGGAAGUAAUUGCUCAGGAUGAUUCAGAUGAUGAAUACACAGAACCUGUUAUGAUCUGUGAAGAAGGAGAUAUGAGUGAAGAUUGGAAUGAUAUACUAUUAAACAAUUCAAAAGAUGAAAUUGCUAAUGCACCAUCUGAAAACAUCUAUAAGAUGAAGAAACUUAUCGGCACUGUUGGUGAGAGCUUGAUAACAUCACACACUUCUGAAACUUCUCCUCAAUUAGCUGAAGGUGCCGACUCUGCACAGGUAGUAAUCAGGGUUGCAGAUGGGUUUGGUGUUUAUGAUUCUAUUGGUAACAAUUCUGCUGCUGAUGUUGUUGAGAAGUCAAAUAGCAAUAAUAAAACUAUUGGCGAGUUCUUGAAAGGAUCUACACCAGCAGGUCUUAAGGUUGAAUCUGAGGGCAUAGUGUCCCAAAUGCACGAGUCUUCCCAAGUUGAGGAUAUUACCUCAGAAUCGGAUGGUAUUGUGAAUAAAUCCGUGUCUUCCACUCACAAAACAGUGAUUAGUGUACCACAUAGCAAAUCAUUGUCUUAUAAAGUUGAGUGUAAGAGGAGCCUAAAGUAUGCUACUGCGGAAGGAAGGGAUGAACUAGCAAAGUCCAAUUGUCUCACCAAGACCAAGCGCUUAUUGUCAUCAAUUAAGAAAGGGAAACCUAAAUUGAAUGCUUUGAAGGACAAAGUAUCUCCGGAUGUGAAUAAGUUAAGUGCAGAACUGAACAAAUCCAAGAAGUUACCAAAAAUGUCUUUAAGCCAUAAUCUUGAAGCAGUAGAAGGGAAACUGAACGAACUACUUGACCCCGAAGGAGGAAUAAGCAAGCGAAAAGAUGCGUCAAGAGGUUACUUGAAGCUUCUUUUUCUAACUGCUGCAACUGGGAAUAAUGGCCAUGGCGAAGCUAUUCAGAGCAAUAGAGAUCUUUCGAUGAUUUUGGAUGCACUUUUGAAGACAAAAUCUCGGACAGUUCUGGUUGAUAUUAUAAAUAAAAAUGGUUUGCAGAUGUUGCACAACAUAUUGAAGCGAUAUCGGAAAGAGUUCAUCAAAACUCCAAUUCUGCGCAAGCUUCUUAAGGUACUGGAGUAUUUAGCAACACGAGAGAUUCUUACGUUGGAGCACAUAACUGGAGGUCCAGCUUGUCCAGGAGUAGAGAGCUUUAAAGAUUCAGUAUUGACUCUAACAGAACAUGAUGACAAACAGAUAGAAGAUGCAUCAUUGAGCGAUGAAGGUCCCAUAGUUUGCUGAAGACUUGGACAUCUUUUACCUCUCAGGUCCAUCAAAUUGCACGGAACUUCAGGGAUAAGUGGAUUCCUAGAUCCUUAAGGAAAACUUGCUGCAUGGAAAGAGAUGAUGGAGCUUUUGAAUAUCAGCAGCCUACAAGCCACGGAGGUUUAUCAGUAUCAUAUGAUCAUUGGACUGAUAGAGGGGGAAAACCAACAGAAGCAACAAACUCUAUCGAAACACAGCCAGUUGCUGCUUCUGGCACAGUAGACACUUCUACCCUAGAGCUCUCAGCUUCAGGUAGUAGCUGCAGAACCAGUGAGCCAAAAACACGCAAGCGGAAGAGUCGAUGGGAUAACCCUAUGGAGCCCCCACAGUCAAAAUGUAGGAACAACUUGGUAGGUGAUGACAAGCAUAAUGUCAAUGAGGAUAUCCCUCCUGGGUUUGGAACUCCUUGUAGUGGCCCUAUGAUUCCUUCUGAUGCUUCGUCAACUGCUCCUGAUCACCAAGAAAGAGAGACGCAAAUAAAGCUGUGCUCCCUUAAUAUUGUAUUCGGUGAACAACAGUUGAGGUUCAGUGCGCGUAUGCCUAUCACCUAUGGAGUUCCCUUUACUGUCAUGCAGCAAUUUGAAGUCCCACAAGCAGAAAUCUCUGAUGGUUGGACUACGGCUCCAGGUGUGCCAUUCCAUCCAUUUCCACCUCUGCCUCCUUGUGCCCCCGUUGAGCUUGACCAAUCAACAUCUGCUAGAUGUGCAUCAUCGAAUGCACCUACAGAAACAGCUGGACAAUCUUGUUUGACCUAUCAAACAAAGACAUGCAGCAUGAACUCAUCACAUGUCUCAGUUGCAAUUGGCCGCCCAGAUCUCCAGCAAGGAGGAGGUUCUUGUAGCUUGGGACGGAAAUUCUUCAGGCAGCAAAAGUUUAAUCAUUCGAAGCUUCCACCAUGGGUUCGAAUGAGAAAUGGGUGGGGCUCUGCUGGGAACAAUGCCAGAAUCGGUUUGCCAGGAGUAGGCUUAACAAAUGGAGCAAACGAUUUUAGGAACUCAGACGAGGAUUAUAGGAAUGAAUUUUUUAUGUGAAAUUCAUUGGCAUCGGUUGUGGAAAAUCAGCCUUAGUUAUAGGAGCUGUUGAAAACUUUCUGAUUAUCCUUUUUGGUGUAUUGCAAUUCUUUACUCACAUUCUUGCAAAAUUGCAUUAUUCUUUUUGUUGCUUCAA